CGAGUCCUCUGCUGCUCUACACAACGUCCUACACACCUUUGACAUCGUCGUCAUGUCUGUUGCUGCUGUUGCCGUCCCUCCCCGCCUCCCCUCUCCCGCCCCGACGCCGUCUAAGAAGGCGGCUGCGGCCUUGAAGGAGAUGGCCUUGACUACACCUACUAAGAGCGCGAAGAAGCUCAACAUCAUCGACGACGCGCGCCGCUCCGAGUCUCCGGAGUCCGACGAUGAGCAGCCCAUAGCCUCCUCUUCGAGGGAGCGCCGUUGGGUUGGCGAGGUUGACCUGCCUGAACACAUGGAGCCUCUGCUCAUCGAGUCUAAGCGCCGGUUUGUUCUCUUCCCCAUCCAAUAUCACGAGAUCUGGCAAAUGUACAAGAAGGCUGAGGCGUCCUUCUGGACCGCGGAGGAGAUGGACUUGUCCAAGGACAUGCACGACUGGAACAACCGUCUCACCAAUGAUGAGCGUCACUUCGUCUCCCACGUUCUCGCGUUCUUCGCCGCCUCGGACGGCAUCGUCAACGAGAACCUCGUCGAGCGGUUCUCCAACGAGGUCCAGGCUGCUGAGGCUCGCUGCUUCUACGGAUUCCAGAUCAUGAUGGAGAACAUCCACUCCGAGACCUACUCGCUCCUCAUCGACACCUACAUCAAGGACCCCCAGGAGCGCGAACGCCUGUUCGACGCUAUCGAUACCAUUCCUUGCAUCAAGAAGAAGGCCGACUGGGCUCUGCGCUGGAUCUCCGACAAGGAGUCUGCGUUCUCGGAGCGUCUCAUUGCCUUCGCCGCUGUCGAGGGUAUCUUCUUCUCUGGCUCGUUCGCCUCCAUCUUCUGGCUCAAGAAGCGUGGCUUGAUGCCUGGCCUCACGUUCUCGAACGAAUUGAUUUCCCGCGACGAGGGGAUGCACACAGACUUUGCGUGCCUGCUCUUCAGCCACCUGAAGAGGCGUCCCCACCCCGACAUCGUUCUCGCAAUCAUCAAGGAGGCGGUCGAGAUCGAGCAGGAGUUCCUCACUGAUGCUCUCCCUUGUGCGCUCAUUGGCAUGAACGCGACGCUCAUGCGUCAGUACAUCGAGUUCGUUGCGGACCGUCUCCUGGUCGCGCUGGGCGGCGAGAAGUUCUACAACGUCACGAACCCCUUCGACUUCAUGGACAUGAUCUCACUCCAGGGCAAGACGAACUUCUUCGAGAAGCGUGUGUCGGACUACUCGAAGGCGGGUGUCAGCACCUCCGCACAGAGCACGACCUCAGAGGUCAACACGAGCAAGAACUUCUCCGUCGACGAGGACUUCUAAGCUCUCGGGUGUAUCGCUUCGCUCUCGGAGGACGUCUCUUACCUUAUUCUCUGCAUCGGUUCGCAUGACUAUGACCCCGCUCACUCGUAUAAGUAUCCUACCUCAUCUUAGAUUUGUCGCAUUAGCUCUCCACGCACUGUACCAUCUUUCUGUACUACACUAGGCUGUUAUCACUAUCAAAUGACAUCAAUACCUUCAACGUC